UGAGUAUUUUAGAAGGAUUCUGCUAGUUGUUGAAGCAUUUCUCACAUGUUCUCUGAUCUAACUCAUUUCACGUUAACCAUGAAUUGUAAUCACCAAAACACCCUUGACCACUACAAUGGACAUGUAUAUGUAAUGUUCCCAAAUGUGGUAAUACACUUAUCAUGGAGAGUUCCUUCUAUGCUUCUUCUCACUCAAACAAACAGCCUUGAGCCCUUUACCUAACAACAUUAUAUAUGGCCCCCCAAACAUCCCUCUCAAACUGUUAGUUAGUUAGAUUUUCUUUUGAGCCGGCCAAAGACCCAAUAACGAAAAGUUUCAUUCAUCAGUACAAAAUUAUAAAGUGUUGAAGUUACCUUAAGACUCGCACUCAAUCCAUAUCACGCCACGUUCACGCCGGGAAGCAUGAGACAUCUCUAACCAUCUCUCAAAUAUAAAGUAUCCCUCGCGUAAUAUGAGUGAUGGGGAAGACAGGUAAAUGGUUUAGGAAUCUUUUGAAAGGGAAGAAAGACAGAGAAAAGGAGAAGAUAGAUUGUGGAAAUGGAACAGAAAAUCCAACUACUCCAAUCUCAGCAACACCCAAGGAGAAAAGAAGAUGGAGUUUCAGAAGAUCAUCUGCUUCCAAGGAAGUUCAUGUUGCAGAAUCAAGUGUCGCUUCUUUGGUGCCAUUACAAACUGUCAUGGAUUCUCAGAGUUAUCAGAGGAAGCAUGUUAUGGAUGUUGCCGCUGCUGAUGGUGUGAUCUUCUUGAGUUCUUGUUCCAAUGGAGGAACUAGAAGGAGUAUCGAAGUGGCUUCUGCUAUUAAAAUUCAAUCUGUCUUUAGAUCUUACUUGGCGAGAAAGGCAUUGUGUGCUCUUAGAGGAAUAGUGAAGCUGCAAGCACUAGUAAGAGGUCAUUUAGUGAGAAAACAAGCAACUGAGACACUAAGAUGCAUGCAAGCUUUGGUCUUAGCACAAGCAAGAGCUUGUGCUCAAAGGGUUAGAAUGUUAUCAGAAGAAAAGGCUAAUCAAAAGCAUACAACCUGCAGAAAAGCCACAGAGGACAGCUUAUUCAUGCAUAUGUACAAUGAAAUGGAAAGAGGCUUAGAAGAGAAUAUAAAGACAGUGGAGAUGGAUGUUUGUGAAUCCAAAGGUAACUCAAGAAACAGAAACAACACUACAAAUCAUGAACACCAUGGAUUCUCUAAACAUAGAAUUUCAGCAUAUUAUUCACCAAAUGGUUCAUACUCAAAGAAAGAAAACUACAAAUUAUCACCAACACCAUCCGCACGAACUGAUUCAAGUCCAAAAGCAUGCAGUGGAUAUUUCGAGGACGGUUCCUUCAGUACAGCACAGAACAGUCCCUAUUACUACUCAGCAGUAUCAAGAGCAGAUGAUUCAAAGCUUCCUUUUUCUUUCACUAGACAAUCCUAUGAAGAAUCCAUGACCAAUGAAUAUCCAUUUUUUCCAAAUUACAUGGCUAACACAGAAUCAUCAAGAGCUAAAGUAAGAUCACAGAGUGCACCGAAGCAAAGGCCGGACUCGUACGAGAGGCAACCGAGUCGGCGAAGAGUUUCUGUGGAAGGAAGAAAUGUUCCAAGGCCAGUGAGGAUGUUGAGAUCAUCUUCACAUGUUGGUGCCACUGCACAAAACUAUCAGUAUCCAUGGUCUAUAAAGCUUGAUAGAUCCGCAGCUUCACUCAAUGACAAUGAGUGUGAAUCUACAAGUACAGUACUAACAAACUCUAACUAUUGCAGAUCUCUUGUUUCAUAUAAUCCUCAUGGACCAAGCUAUUGAUAAAUGACAAAGCACCUUCCAGUAAAACAAAGGGUUAGAUCCAUUUUGCAGGAACUCCAAAAAAAAUCUAGAGUUCUUCUGCAGAGUCCUUCUUGCACACUUUAAGCAAGUAACAGUCUUGGUCCUCAAAAUUCUAGAGUUCUUGCAAGGGACUAAAGUGUAGUUCCAAUUUUGAGUUUUUUUCUUCUAUGAAUUGUGGAUUACAAUGUGAGAAAACAUUUAACAGGUUGAUGAACAGGGUAUAGACUUCCCAAGUAAGGUAUUUCCUAA